GAGCCUUAUCCUAGCGCUGCAGCCGCAUUCCCUGAGAGCGGUGGGCUGCGGGCUUGAGGUCGCACAGGGGAGAGGCGCGGAGUUCCACAGGGCUGCGGGACACGGGGAUGUUAGUGACGGGUCAUCCUGCACAUUUUCGACUGUGGAAAGGAUUUCUGUAUAAAUGCGUCGGGCUUUUUUUUUUUUUUAUUCUUCACGGACUGCCUGUGCUGCCUAUCAACUAUUUUUUGGAAGUUGUGUCAAGUUAGUUAGUUAGUUAGUUAUUUAGCAAGCUAGCUCGAUUUGUCUGCUGUAGCUACACAGUAGUGUCAUUAGCUAGCUUAGAAGUUACUCUAUGGUUAGCUAAUUGUAGUUCACAUCAUGACCUAACGAAUAUCUUUAGACACCUGAAUGCUUUCCAAAUUGAUGUAUUAUACGAGUCUCGUCGUUUAAAGUCUUUACAAAACACUUCCAUUGUUUAGUGUCUACCCAAGAGUUAACCUCAACUAGCACAAUCAAAGCGCUAGCCACUUAGCACAACAUGCUAGCUAGCAUUUUCAUUUGCUGCAGGAUUUUUGCUCACAUUAGCUGCUUGUAACCGAUACAGCUAAAGACAAAUUUAUAAUCAGUUGUAUUUAUCUCUCUCUAUAUAUAUUAUAUAUUAUAUUUACAUACAGAAUAUUAAACGUGAACAGCACUGUUUAUUAAGAAGUAAGGAGUGUGAACAGUGGAGCGACAUCAUCACGUCUAGCUAAACUGAUUUUUGUUUAAUUUCUGAUUACAGAAAAUGUAGCAGGCGAUAUUAAGUGAACGAAAUAAAUACAACUAGCUAAAAAGAAAGAGCUAGUUUUGUAGCUAAGGCGCUGUGAGCACAUCAUGUUUGUCUGUUGUGUAUGAAUGGGAGCAUGAAGUGUUUUCUUCUGGAGCUUAGCUUAGCUUAGCUGUGUGUUUUUGUAGCCUCAGCACCGACGUGGCUAGCUGACUCCGUUUUUAAUGUCAGUGUUUAUAUUUUUAAUACAGUUCUGUCAGAUCUUGUAAAGGGUGCGACUGUCGCGUUUUUUUUGAUCCACCAUGUCGGGGGAAGUUCGUUUGAAAAAGCUGGAAAAAAUGUUUCUGGAUGGACCGGUCAAGUCUAAUGGCCAGUGUUUCAGCGUCGAGACUCUUCUGGAUGUCCUCAUCUGCAUGUAUGAUGAAUGUAAUAAUUCCCCCCUCAGGAGAGAGAAGAACAUAACCGAGUUCCUGGAGUGGGCUAAACCAUUCACAACUAAAGUGAAACAGAUGAGACUACACAAGGAUGACUUUGAAAUCCUGAAAGUGAUUGGCCGAGGAGCGUUUGGGGAGGUAGCGGUCGUGAAGGUGAAGAACUCAGACAAGGUUUUUGCCAUGAAAAUUCUCAACAAGUGGGAGAUGCUGAAAAGAGCUGAGACUGCGUGCUUUCGGGAGGAGCGGGAUGUUCUGGUGAACGGGGACAGCCAGUGGAUAACAACAUUACACUACGCCUUUCAGGAUGAUAACUUUCUGUAUCUGGUGAUGGAUUACUAUGUGGGUGGAGAUCUCCUGACGCUGUUGAGUAAGUUUGAGGACCGCUUACCCGAGGACAUGGCCCGAUUUUACCUGGCUGAGAUGGUGCUAGCUAUUGAUUCUGUACAUCAGCUCCAUUAUGUCCACAGAGACAUCAAGCCAGACAACAUUCUGUUGGAUAUGAAUGGACACAUUCGGCUGGCUGAUUUUGGUUCCUGCCUUAAACUCAUGGAUGAUGGAACGACAACUCAGCAGGAUUUUCCCCUGUCCUUCGACAAGACGAGAGUGCAGUCCUCUGUGGCAGUCGGCACUCCAGAUUACAUCUCUCCUGAAAUCCUGCAAGCCAUGGAGGAUGGCAUGGGCAAAUAUGGGCCUGAGUGUGAUUGGUGGUCUUUGGGUGUUUGUAUGUAUGAAAUGCUGUAUGGGGAAACCCCCUUCUAUGCUGAAUCGUUGGUAGAAACCUAUGGCAAGAUAAUGAACCACAAGGAACGGUUCCAGUUUCCUGCCAACAUUACAGAGGUGUCGGAGAACGCCAAAGACCUGAUCCGCAGGCUCAUCUGCAGCAGGGAGCACCGGCUAGGCCAGAAUGGCAUUCAGGACUUCAAGCAACAUCCUUUCUUUUCUGGCAUUGACUGGGACAACAUCCGAAAUUGUGACGCUCCAUACAUUCCUGAAGUCAGCAGUCCUUCUGACACUUCCAACUUUGAUGUGGAGGAUGACUGUCUCAAAAACACAGAGACAAUGCCUCCUCCCUCUAUAGCAGCUUUCUCUGGACAUCAUCUUCCUUUUGUAGGCUUUACUUACACUAGUCAAUGCUCUUUAUCUGACUGUGGGUGUCUGCGCGAGUCUGCGGCACCUGUGCAGAUGGAUGUCUGUGUACAGCGCAGCUUGGAGGAGAGCCUAGCCACCGAGGCAUACGAGAGGAGGCUCCGCCGUCUGGAGCAAGAAAAAUUGGAGCUCAGUCGCAAACUGCAGGAGUCAACUAAGACCGUGCAGGCAUUGCAGCAUGCUGGAGAUACUCCCGUCUCUGCUAACAAGGACAAUGAGAUCCGAAGCAUGAAAGAAGAAAUUGAGACUCUAAAGAAGCAGAUUGCUGACUCUGGUCAGUUGGAGCAGAAGUUGGAACAGGCCAGUGCAACACGGAAAGAUAUGGAGGAGUCUGCCAAACGCCUCUGCUCUUUAGAGAAACAGAUACAAAUCAUGAAGCAGGAGAGAGAGAACAUGCAAAAGGAGCUGGCGGAGUCUGCAGAGAAGAUGAAGGCUCAGGGGAAGGAGCUGAAGGAGGCCGGGAGCCAGAGAAAGCUAGCUAUGCACGAAUUCUCAGAGAUAAGUGAGCGAUUGACAGAGCUGCGUUCUCAAAAACAGCGUCUGAGCCGCCAACUACGAGACAAAGAGGAGGAGAUGGAUGCAUUCAACCAGAAGCUGGAGGGCCUGAGGCUCGAGUUGCGCAAAGUAGAAAGAACAAAAAAGGAGGUGGAAGCCCAGGCUGAGGAGCAUGCUUUGGAAGCCCAGAAAGAGAAGAAGCUGAGGGAUCGCAGUGAGCAGUACAGCAGGCAACUGGAGGAAGAACUGGCGGCAAUGAAGCAAAAGCAGGCUGGUCGCACCCCUUCUGCUGGAGCCCCUGAUCAACACCAGGAGCUCAGUAAGCUGCGUGCCGACCUGGAGAAGAAAACAGUGUUUUAUGAGGAGGAGCUGUCUCGUCGUGCUGUUCAACAUGCCAACGAGCUGAAGAGCCUGAAAAAGGAACUACGUGAUGCUGAUGCACAACAGCUCUCUUUAAACAAAGAAAUAAUGAUGUUAAAAGACAAGCUAGAAAAGACUCGCAGAGAAAGUCAGAACGAACGAGAGGAGUUUGAAACGGACUACAAACAAAAGUACGAGAGGGAACGAGUGCUGCAGCUGGAAGAAAACAAGAAACUGUCCAGUGAACUGGAUAAUUUGAUGAUCUCACAUACGAAGUUGAACAGCAAUCACAAACAGCUGGAGGAGGAAAUGAGGGAGCUGGCUGAUAAGAAAGAGAGUGUUGCCCAUUGGGAAGCUCAGAUCACUGAGAUCAUACAGUGGGUGAGUGAUGAGAAAGAUGCACGUGGCUACCUCCAGGCUCUGGCUUCAAAGAUGAAUGAGGAGCUGGAGGGCCUGAGAAACACCAGUCUUGGUGCUCGCUCUACGGACAUGCCGUGGAAGAUGCGAAGAUUAGCUAAGCUAGACAUGUCUGCUCGCCUUGAGCUGCAGUCUGCGCUGGACUCUGAGAUAAAAGCAAAACAAACCAUCCAAGAUGAGCUCAACAAAGUAAAGGCCGUCAACAUGGCCACUGAGUGCAAACUCCAGGAUUCUGAACAGAGGAACCAGGAAUUACAGGCAGAGAUCGAGAGACUGAAACGAGAAACAGAAGAACUACGUUUGUCUAAGGGUGUAAAGCACCAAGAUUCACAGAACUCCUUCCUUGCAUUCCUGAAUGCCCCAAACUCUGCUGUGGAACACUUUGAGCGAUCUCCUGCCUGUGGUCAAGCCAGCAAAGGCAGACAUAUUGACUCCAUUGACAACUUUAGCCUGUCAAACACACCGUCCCGUGAUGAUGAUCGCAAGUCCCAAGUUGUAUCCCACUCUCGUUCUCCUUCCACUGCCAGUGAUCUGGAGCCUUUAGAGACGAUAGAUUAUCCUCACAGAGGUACACAGACUCCGACCAUGCGGUCAGGAGGGUACAGCAGCUCUGGGUUUACCACACCUAAGCCAAAGGCCCACCAGUUUGUGGUGAAGACCUUCACUGCUCCUACCAAGUGUAACCAAUGCACAUCUCUGAUGGUGGGACUCAUCCGACAAGGCUGUAUAUGUGAAGUCUGCAACUUCUCAUGUCAUGUAACAUGUGCGGACAAAGCCCCCGCCGUGUGUCCUAUUCCACCAGACCAAACGAAAGGUCCACUGGGUAUCGACACACAGAAAGGCAUUGGCACAGCUUAUGAGGGCCAUGUUAGGGUACCUAAACCAGCAGGGGUGAAGAAAGGCUGGCAAAAGGCCCUGGCUGUUGUGUGUGACUUUAAAUUGUUCCUCUAUGAGCUUGCAGAAGGCAAGGUCGCACAGCCCAGCGUAGUGGUCAGUCAGGUCAUCGACAUGAGGGAUGAGGAUUUUUCUGUCAGCUCAGUACUAUCAUCUGAUGUCAUUCAUGCCAAUAGGAAGGACAUUCCCUGUAUUUUCAGGGUUACAGCUUCACAGCUGUCUGCAUCUGGCAGUAAAAAAUGCUCCAUCCUGAUCCUGGUUGACAGUGACCAGGAGAAGAAUAAGUGGGUGGGACUGCUGAAUGAGCUGCACCGUCUCCUAAAGAAGAACAAGUUAAAGGAGCGCUCUGUUUAUGUCCCUAAAGAAGCUUAUGACAGCACUCUGCCUCUUAUUAAAACCACCCAGUCUGCUGCUAUUAUAGAUCAUGAGAGGAUAGCCCUGGGCAAUGAGGAGGGGCUGUUUGUUAUCCAUGUCACCAAAGAUGAGAUUAUCAAGGUAGGAGAUAAUAAAAAGGUCCAUUUGAUUGACCUGAUUCCCUCUGAGCAGCUGCUAGCUGUCAUCUCUGGCCGUAACCGCCACGUUCGACUUUUCUCCAUGGUGGCUCUGGACGAUCGGGACUCGGACUUCUGUAAGCUUCCUGAGACUAAGGGCUGCCAGAUGUUGGUGUCUGGCACAGUGAAGCAUGGUGCUCGCCCCUGCCUGUGUGUUGCCAUGAAGAGACAAGUAAUCUGCUACGAACUCAAUAGGGGUAAAACACGGCACCGGAAGCUGCGCGAGCUGCAGGUGCCUGGGGUGGUGCAGUGGAUGGCUCUACAGGGGGAUAAGCUGUGUGUAGGUUACCAAGCUGGAUUCCUACGCUACAGCUUGCAUGGAGAAGGGCCUCCGAUUAGUCUGCUCCACCCGGAGGACCACACCCUGGCUUUCAUAGGGCAGCUGGGUUUGGAUUCUCUCUGCGCUGUGGAAAUUUCCAGCAAAGAGUUACUCCUGUGCUUUAGCAGCAUCGGUGUUUACGUUGACUGCCAGGGUAGACGUUCACGCCAGCAGGAGCUGAUGUGGCCAGCUGUGCCAACGGCCUGUUGUUAUAAUGCACCUUACUUAUCAGUGUACAGCGAGAAUGCCGUGGAUGUGUUUGAUGUGAACAGUAUGGAGUGGAUUCAGACAAUUCCUCUGAAAAAGGUUCAUCCUCUGAACACUGACGGCUCAUUAAACCUGCUAGGGCUUGAGACAGUACGGCUAAUCUACUUUAAAAAUAAAACCGCAGAGGGAGACGAGCUGGUGGUUCCAGAGACGUCUGAUAACAGCCGGAAGCAGAUGGUGCGCAGUAUGACAAGCAAACGCCGCUUUUCCUUCAGAAUACCAGAGGAAGAGAGGCUUCAACAACGGAGAGAGAUGCUUAGAGAUCCUGAGAUGAGGAAUAAGUUGAUUUCAAAUCCAACCAACUUCAAUCAUGUUGUUCAUAUGGGACCUGGAGAUGGGAUCCAAAUACUUAAAGACCUACCAAUGCCUGGUUCUCCUCUCCCCUCUCCCUGCCUGCGUCUCAUCUCAACUCCCACCAGCUUUGAGCAUGUCUAUCACAUGACUGUCACCUCUGCUGACAACUUCCUGUUCCAGGACUCCCCUCUUUCCUCCUACUCCCCAUCCCUAAGCUCUGCUCCUGGGACUCCUGCUUCCAUCAGCUCACUGAAUGUGCGUCCUCAGGAGAGCCGGGGCGUUUUGGGCGGCUCUGUCAGCAUCCCCUCUAUUAGCAAGGCCAGACCUGAACCAGGCCGGUCCAUGAGUGCCAGCAGUGGCCUUGGCACACGUUCGUCCUCGCAGAAUGGCAGUGCUCUUAGAAGGGAGUUCUCUAGUGGCAGUUAUGGCUCCAACAAGCGGCAGACGAUGACCUCACCCUCUGAGGGCUCGCUCUCGUCAGGGGGAGGCAUGGACUGUGCAGGUGAUGCCCCCCUGUCCCAGUUUGAUAGAGAGUGGAAGGCAGUUUCUCCCACAGGCAAGACCCCUGAAGUGAAAUGGACUUUAAGGACCCUGUUUAGUAGGAGAAAGGAUUCUGAUUCUCCAAGACAUUCUACAGCCUCCAACAGCUCCAACCUUAGCAGCCCUCCAAGUCCAUCAUCUCCACAUAAAAGCAAGUCUCUUUCUCUGGAGCGCAGCGAGCAGCCAGGCUGGGAGUCCUGAGGCUUGUGCCAGGCAUUCAUCAUACUCACCCUGUUCUCUGUACCCGCUCAAGAGCAGCAGGAUGCCUCAAAUAUCUGGUUUAAACAAAAACAAGCAGCCAUGACUCUCAAGGAACUUAUACACUACAUUUGGGGCGGUGUGUGACAAGGCCCUGUAUUUGUUUGUGCAUGUGUGUGAAUGAGUUCACAAAAACAACUGCAACUCUAGUUUAAUACACACAUUUGAUUACAGCCUUCUUUUAAGCUAUUACAAAGGUUUUAACUCCCAAUGACAUACUAUUUUAAACUCUACAUUUAAAGAAUACUGUAAAUGGCUAGAAUUCCCUGAUCAGAAACUCUAUAUACAGAGACCCUUUGCUUAAAAACCAGGUGAAUUUGGAGCAUGAUUAGAAAUCGGCAGCAAUUUUAGUAACUAAUUAAUGCUUAGAAACAUAUAUAACACAGAGACAAGAUCGUUCCCAGCCUCAGCACUACAUUUAAACUGACCUCGGCGCUCAGGUGCCACACAGCUCUUGCAUAUGUAAAGCUCAGAAUACAAUAGAAAUAGAAUGAAUUAAAUAAUGUACAUAGUUUAAGUAGAGUAUAAUAUAUUAUGAAAAAUAACACUAUCGUGAGAAGUGACUUGGCUUGGAGAGUGCUAUUUCUUUAGACUUUGAGAGUCAAAGCUUUUAAACAUUAAAAUACAGCCAUGUUAAUAUUAAACAAUUUUAGAUUUAUUUGAUCCACAAAUGUUCAUAGAUUCACUAAAUCUGCCUGGAGUUUGUUAGGGAGGUAUAUUAUGUUAAAUAUACCAGGCACAUGCAUGCACACUCAGAUAGAUGUGUAGGAUUACACGAGACCGUAAUAGCAUAGAAACACAAUCCACAAGUUACAUACUCUUUGUGGUGAACGUAUCCAAAACUCAUCACGGCCGCCUUGUUCCUCUUCUUGCCUCCUUUAGUGCGCUUCAUAGUUCCUUUAAUGGAGCAAUAAUGCUGUUUCCAAAGAUGUUUUUGUUAAUUAUUGCUGUUUGUCUAAUUUUAUUUUAUGUUUGGUUUGUUUUAAAGACUUUUUAUGACUCACAAAUAACUCAAACCAUGAAACCAAACGUAGCCUGGGUGUGGAUGUACAUGUAUAUAAAGUAUAAUCUGUUUGUUAUCACAGGAUUGAUGACACUUUGAAGUCACUGUUGUGUGACACUCACAAACAUAUAAUCCAGUUAAGCCUUCGAGUGCUUCUCCCAAUUAGGGAGCAUUCAAGGGCUUGAACUUAUUCACUGGUGCAUUUAUCUGUUGCCUCUAUUUUGUUACUUUCUGUAGCCAGUAACAAGAUGUUCGGGGAGGCGGGAGGAAGGGGGUUUGUUUUAUUCCCUGAUGGCAAGGUGUGAAAUAAACUAUAAAUUAACAAUCAUUUUCAGGGAUAGUGCCUCGUUAGACCAUUAAGCACCCCUGGAUCUUUUUACCUCAAAUUUAUGAGGCAAGCCUUUAGUUAUAAUUUGCUUUCAAGCAGAACAACCUUUCUGUACUGUAUCACUGAUUCCAUGCAAUCUUUUGGAUUUAUAUGCAUAUUGUUUUGUCAAAAAAAAAAAAAAAAGACUUAACUCAUGCAAUCAUUUUAAAUGUCUUUGGCAAAUUUUUAUGAUGAUUCCAUUGAAGAUAUUUGUAGGGUCCAUUAAUUCAUUACUUCAAGAUUUCCUGAUUUGUUUUAAGGGGCAAGAAAUUAGUUUUUAAUGUAAAAGCACACCUUUGCAUCUGAAUAGAACAAAAGUACGUGUUGGAAUCUGUUAAAAUGGUCACUACAAUAUAUUGUCAGAAUAUUUUCACAGUUCUGUGACGGCAUUGUAGUAUUUAAGGGAUUUCCAUGACUUGACGUCAUUAUAAACUUCACUAUGCUUUUUAUCCACUUCACUUUUAUUAACACGCCUGAAGGACAUAAUGAGGGACAACUGUCUGAGAGCAAAAACUCAUCUAAACAGUCUACACUGGAGUUUCAGGCAACAGUAUUUGAGUAUACUGUUUUGCUAAGAUGAUUGAAAUUCACUGUGGACCAGUCUGAUAAACUCACGUUGUUUUCUUAAAUUAGCAGCUGAUUUUCAGUGUGCGCUAUUGUUUAGGAUCAUACUGAUGCGGUAUUACAUUGUCAUAUUUAUUCCUACUGAAUCUAAGCGAUAACACUCUUUAAUGUAAGCUUAAUGCAGAGUGCAUUUGCCUUGUGGAAUUGAGGCUGUGAUGGAUGAGAUGUUUAUAGAAGUGUGAUGGUACAACAGGUAGCCUGUUUGACAUGUUACUCAGGUAUGUUAGAACCAAUGAUUUAUUUUAUUACAAUGAGAGAGAGAGAGAGAGAGAGCAGGAGGAGAACACGAUCGGACCGUUCCGUCUGUCACUUGGUGUUAUUUUUGGACUGUUAGUUAUCGUGUAGGCCAACAUUAGCGGGAGGUGCCUUAACUGAACUCUGUUACGAUGAUGGGUAGUGUAGUAUGAUUAUGUAUUAGACUUGAGGGAACUGAGGGGAAUUGAAAACAAAUUGAUGGUUUACUCUGCCUUGUAUAUUACAGCUAUUUCAUAUCACUUUUUUUUUUUUUUUUUUGUAAGAAUAUGUACAGUUUUGCAUGUCAGGUGUAUUCACUUUAAAAUUUAAGGCUGGAUUUUCCAACUGUUUUUACCAUAUUUUAUUGAUCUGUGUAGUGUGGAAGCUUGGGAUGUGAACAAGAAUAAUACCACAAUUUUUUUGGCACAUGCUUAUUUAAGGUGAAUUGUCAUCGAGUUUCUAUUUAAUUAGCCACCAUUCUUUUCACGUUCAGAACUCAUAUCUUGACUGAUUUAUUUCAAUAAAAUGGGGAACUGUUACAAAACCUAA